AAGAAAAAAAAAACACCGACUUACUGACACAGUGUCGUAACUCGCCUCAUUCCUGUUUUAAUGAAACUUUAACUACUUCAUGUCUUUUUUCUUUUUUCCUUUUUAAAACUGAAACAGAGGCUCAGCCUUCACAUCCACUUUGAUUUUGAAUGAGCCGGGUCACGCUUGCGUAGAGACUUUUUCUUUUCCCGAUUUUUUUCCCCUCCCCUUUUAUUUUUUUAAAAUAAUUUUUCGUUGGGAUAAAGUUUUUUUUUUUUUUUUUUUUCUUUUAUCAUUUAAGACUCGUGAUGGCUGUCCUGUCACUAGCGGUACUGCUUGUAGGAUUUGUAUUGACUUCAGCUGACAAGGCUGGUGAAGUAGAUAGAGAGGAGCAGCUGAGGAACCGCCUGAAGGAAUAUGGCCUGGUCACUCCCUUCAGCACCGACUCUCAUGGACACUACCUGUCACACCUGCUCUCGGCCACUCACAAGCAGCGUGUCAAGAGGGAGGUGUUUUCCUCCAAUGAAGCUGAUCAGAAACUUUUCUUCAACAUCACCGCCUUCGGGAAGGAGUUCCACCUCCGCCUGCGCCCAAACAACAGGCUGGUGGCCCCUGGUGCGAUGGUGGAGUGGCACGACAUGGUUCAAGGAUUCGGGAACGCCAGCGACAGUGUCGGUGACGAUGCCAACCAGACAGAUACCAGCAACGGGACGGAGAGGAUACUGCGCCGUGAGCUGUUAAAGACGGACUGCACUUUUAUCGGUGACAUCUCAGACGUCCCUGGGGCCUCGGUUGCUAUUAACAACUGUGACGGACUGGCUGGGAUGAUCCGCACCGACUCAGAUGAGUACUUCAUCGAGCCGCUGGAGAGAGGCACUCAGGAGCUGGAGGACCAGGGAAGGGUCCACGUGGUUUACCGGAGAUCGGCUCUGCUGCAGGCCCCUUCAGACAUAUCUGUGGACUACCAGCUGCAAGAACCAGAGCUGGAUGUACCGGGGGCUCUGGACUCUGUAGCCCGGCAGGUCAACGAAACUGUCCGCCGCCGUCGCCGCCGAGAUGCUGGGGAGGACGACUACAACAUUGAAAUCCUGCUGGGAGUGGAUGACUCGGUGGUUCGAUUCCAUGGCAAGGAGCACGUGCAGAACUACCUACUCACUCUCAUGAAUAUUGUGAACGAGAUCUACCACGACGAGUCGCUGGGAGUCCACAUCAAUGUGGUCCUGGUGAGGAUGAUCAUGCUGGGGUAUGCCAAGUCCAUCAGCCUCAUUGAAAGAGGCAACCCAUCACGGAGCCUGGAGAAUGUGUGCCGCUGGGCGUUUGUGCAGCAGAAAGGCGACCCUGAUCACGCCGAACACCACGACCACGCAAUUUUCCUCACUCGCCAAGGCUUCGGCCCCACAGGGAUGCAGGGUUACGCUCCAGUUACGGGAAUGUGCCACCCUGUCCGGAGCUGCACCCUCAACCACGAAGACGGCUUCUCCUCAGCCUUCGUUGUGGCUCACGAGACGGGACAUGUGUUGGGCAUGGAGCACGACGGCCAAGGCAACCGCUGCGGGGAUGAAACAACGAUGGGAAGCGUGAUGGCCCCUCUGGUGCAGGCGGCCUUCCAUCGAUACCACUGGUCCAUGUGCAGCGGGCAGGAGCUGAAGAGAUACAUCCACACAUACGACUGUCUCCUGGACGACCCCUUCAAACACGACUGGCCACAACUUCCUGAACUUCCCGGCAUCAACUACUCGAUGGACGAGCAGUGUCGAUUUGACUUUGGAGUGGGCUAUAAGAUCUGCACUUCAUUUCGUACGUUUGACCCAUGUAAACAACUGUGGUGCAGUCACCCGGACAACCCUUACUUCUGCAAAACCAAGAAGGGACCACCUCUCGAUGGGACGGAGUGUGCUCCUGGAAAGUGGUGCUAUAAAGGUCACUGCAUGUGGAAAAACCCUAAUCAGGUCAAACAAGACGGUGCCUGGGGCUCCUGGAGCAAAUAUGGCUCCUGCUCGCGCUCCUGUGGAACCGGAGUUCGCUUCCGGACACGUCAGUGCAACAACCCAGCGCCGUCCAACGGUGGCCAGGACUGCCCGGGGGUAAACUACGAGUAUCAGCUGUGCAACACUGACGACUGCCCCAAGCACUUCGAAGAUUUCCGAGCCCAGCAGUGCCAGCUCCGCAACUCCCACUUUGAGUUCCAAAAUGCCAAACAUCAUUGGCUGCCCUACGAGCAUCCCGACUCCAGCAAGAGGUGCCACUUGUACUGCCAGUCAAAGGAGACGGGGGACGUGGCAUACAUGAAGCAGCUGGUGCAUGAUGGGACCCGAUGCUCCUACAAGGAUGCCUACAGUAUCUGCGUGCGUGGAGAAUGUGUGAAAGUUGGCUGUGACAGAGAAAUUGGCUCCGAUAAAGUUGAGGACAAAUGUGGGGUUUGUGGUGGGGACAACUCCCAUUGCCGCACCGUCAAAGGAACCUUCACCAGAACACCAAAGAAAGCUGGUUACCUUAAGAUGUUUCUCAUUCCUCCUGGAGCUAGACAUGUGAUCAUCCAAGAACAUGAGGCCUCCCCUCAAAUUCUUGCAAUCAAGAACCAGGCCACGGGGCAUUACAUUCUCAACGGAAAAGGAGAGGAGGUCAAGUCCAGGAGCUUCAUUGACUUGGGCGUGGAGUGGCACUACAUCAUCGAGGACGACGUGGAGACGCUGCACACCGACGGACCUCUGCAUGACCCCGUCGUGGUUCUGAUUAUACCCAAGGACAAUGAAACGCGGUCUACUUUAAUGUACAAGUACAUCAUCCAUGAAGAUUCAGUGCCCGUUAACAACAACAACGUUAUCCAGGAGGACACGUAUGAGUGGGCUCUGAAGAGCUGGUCUCCGUGUUCCAAACCUUGUGCCGGAGGGUUUCAGUACACCAAGUACGGGUGUCGAAAGAAAGGCGACACCAAGAUGGUCCAUCGCGGCUACUGCGACGCCAGCAAGAAGCCAAAGCCCAUCCGCAGAAUGUGCAACCUUCAGGACUGCACACAGCCUCAAUGGGUCUCAGAGGAAUGGGAGUAUUGCACCAAAACCUGCAGCAGCCUGGGCUUUCAGAUCCGGACCGUUCGCUGCGUGCAGUUGCUCCACGACGGCACCAACCGCUCUGUCCACAGCAAAUACUGUAGCGGCGAGAAGCCAGAGACCCGGAGGCCGUGCAACAGAGUCCCGUGUCCUGCUCAGUGGAGGACCGGAGCCUGGUCAGAGUGCUCUGUGACCUGUGGAGAGGGUAUGGAGAGGCGUAUGGUCACUUGCCGGAUUGGAGAUCAGUGCAAUGGAGAAAAACCAGAGAGCGUGAGGCCGUGCAGACCUGGACCCUGCCAUGAUGAGCCAUGUAAUGGGGACAAAUCAAUCUUCUGCCAAAUGGAGGUCCUAGCACGAUACUGCUCUAUUCCAGGCUACAACAAACUGUGCUGCGACUCCUGCAGUAAGCGCAGCGGAGCUCUGUCCUUGUUCUCCGAGGCGGCUGAAACUGAGGAGCAUGUCCGCUUUGGAUCAGCCUCACAGCUGCUGGAGACCCUCACGGCUUAUGUAGCAGCCAACGGCACUCGCAGUGGUAAACAAGGCUCAGGCAAGGGAUCUGCCACGUCGGGCAAUGCUGCAAAGCACAUCACCACCCCUGCUCCGCUUAAGAAGACCCAGUCAAAGAUCACUACAGCACCGAGACGGGUCCCACGACACAUGGGUCUCAGCGGCAGGAAGCUGCCCGCCAUGGCGCCAUCCUCCCCGGCAGAUCCCGCUGAGGGUCAAAGGUCGAGCACCUCAACAGAUAGUCGGUGGUCGACAGCAUAUUCUGAAGUGGAGAGAUGAAAGUGAAACCCUUCCCUUCAGGACUCUUUGUGUACAGUAGAUAAUCCAGCUUCAUCCUGAGUCUUCUCAUGCCAAAAACACCAGAAUAAGAGAGAGAGAGAGAGAGAGAGAGAGAAAGAAAAGUGCUGGUUCACUUUGUUAAGAAUUUCCCUUCCCUUUCUGCCCCUGACACUCACUUUAAAUGUCACUUUGACGUCAUACAGUGAGCUCCCACAGUAUUUGAACUGAAACGGCCGUGUUACUCUGCUUUCAUACUUUAUGUCAAUGACACAACAAUUUCAAGGUAAAGGGGCACGUGGUCUGAAGGGAAUUUUCAUCCAUGUCAAAUGAAAAGCUUAAAGAAACACAGCUUUGGUAGUUUGUAGUGAAUAAUUUCAGGGAUACAAAAUAACCAAAGGACAGUUUAAUAUUCAAAAGAUGCCUGUAUUUGCUUUGCGAACUUCAGUUUUAUUAACGUCUCAGAUCUCAAUAUUACAAAGAGAUGGCUGCUUAAUUCCAGUCAGACUCAAAUUUUUGACCUAGUGAGUCUUUGGUGUAACCUGCAAUGUCACAACUGAGGUGACAGGUGCAGGAAGGUGUUGGCAUUUCCUCUCUGAUUGGUCUUUUUUCUGGUCUUGUCAUUUAAUGAAUCAGGCCCCUGGUGUCGGUAGAGCCGUGCAGCGGGUCUUCCAGCAAAAGCUCAGCAGAUGGUGAGAGAAAAUGUCAACAGCAUGUCUACAGCUGAUUCAGUUUGGGAAAACGUAUGCAGACUUGCAUAAGACGAACUCACCUGGUACAGAAAUAGAUACAGGAAUUAGUGCUGAAAUACAUGUUGCGCUUGUCACCGUACAUUCGCCGUGUUAAGGUAAAUCCCAGGUGUAAUGCAUUUUAAUAACAUUGCAUAGAUUUGUUUACGUGGCAUUUAACAGCUAAUAAUAUGCUUCCAUGUAAUAUCUCUACAUCAUAACCUUGAGCUGGAUGGGAGGUUUAGCUUGUUGUCAUUUUAAAGUUAAGGAUAUUGUACAAAAAGUUUCAAAGAUCUAACACGGAUCGACUGAUACAGCUGAAAAUCCCCUUUUACUUGAAUGUUGUAAACUGCCAAUUUCUUGCCAAAUAACAUACAUAAAGUACUGUCCCAGUACUUGCGGGGUCACUUCAUGUACAAAAUCGCAAACACCGGUCUUUGAGUGCAUAUGGAAAGUGGCUGGCGAUGUGCCAGGAAAGACGAGUAGGAAAAUGGUUUUGUUGUAUAGUUUUUCUUUUUAUAUCCAGCAAUGUUUGUUGAGGGGCACUCUUCAGUUUCUAUGGAAAUGGGUAUUUAUAAACGUUCCUGUAAAUACUGUACAUGAAAAUAUCAGUAUUAUUUUAAAAAGAUAAGCUUACUGUCAAACACCGUUUUUAAUUAAUUGGAGUAACAGAGAUUCUUCCAAAUGUUUACCUUUUCAGUAGCAGUGUUAUUAACAUCACUGCGAAUGGAGAGAUCAUUAUUCCACCCUGAAUUCUGCAAAAUACUCUCAGGCAGUUUACCUGACUGCAGAUGUAAUAUUUAAAAGGAACAGCAUUUUAGGAAAUACCCUCAUUAGCUUUCUUGUCAAGAGCUAGAUGAGAACACUGAAACCACUCUCAUUUCUGUAUGCUAAAUAUGAAGACAGUUAGUUUAGCUUAGCAUAAAGCCUGGAAACAGAGGAAAACAACUAGUCUACUAAAGCACACCAAUAUGUUACAUCUUUUUUGUUUAUUUGUUUAUUCCAAGAUGUAAAAUUGCUUCAUAUUUAGCAUACAAAUAUGAGGAUACAACUUUAAGCAAGAAAGUGAAACACGCCAUGUUCCUUUAAGAAGCGUCCUAUGCAUGUAACUCCACCCCAGCCUUUACCUUUUUCUAAAUGAGAAGCUUGUAUGGUGCUAGUCAUCGACCUUUUUGACUCUUUGCGUCGCCCUCCUUGUGUAAGUUCUUGCUCAGAACGGUUGAAACUGUCAGGUCAAAGAAGGGAACUAUUAGGGAACACAUCUGUCAAGUGUUCUCGAUGCUAUAUGUUUCUUACAGUAGGCUCUUGUUCAGCUGAGAAGCUCACAAUGCAUCUAAAAUGUGAUGUUGAGUUUUUGCAUUGUGUGGCCAUGAAAAACGCAGACACUCAUCCUGAAAUGCUAUUCAGUGUUCUGCUUUCCUUUAGUGAAUUUCAAACACCUAAAGCUGCAUUAAGCAAUUUUUGACCACUAGGGAACAGACUCGAAAAACAAACUUACAGAAACACACCUCUGAUAUCCCCAUUAACUCAUGAAGUGCUAAUAGCUAACCUGUUACCAAGCCUUAUUUACAUAUCCACAGACGAAGAGCAUCCCACUAAAUCGCGUUCGUGUCCACCCACUGAAUGUAAGUCAAAUGCUCGCUCUCCUUUUAGCUCGGGAGUUGGCCUCCACGGACUUUCCACCGAGCUCCUCAGAAAAAUAUCUGGCUCUUUAGCUGCUAGCUUAUCCUCUUUAUUCUUCAGCUACUUGUUUCAAAAAAUUUUUAAAAGCCAUGCAGAGCUGCGGAGUUGGAUUUCAACUCUCAGGGGCUCGGGCACAGUGAGUGACCUCUUCACAUUACACAAAACCAUUGGAUUCAAUUUAAAUAUCAAAAAUGUGUUUAAUGGAGCUUUAAGCUUAUCACACCUGUCAGUCUGAACAAGGUUCUGUUGUACGUUCUGUGUUUGCAAGAACAAAGCCUCAUUGUAAGCACAAGAAGCUGGACUUUCAAAAGAGUUUCACGGUAUGUGGAACAUUUUUUUUGUUGAUUUUUUUUUUUAAAGCAUUUUCUAAAUGGCUUUUUUUUUAAUGGUGGACAAAGGUUCAGGAGAGAGAAAGCUAUUUAUUAAAAAACAAAAAAAAAAAAGGAUUUCCUCACAACCACAAUGCAUCUGACUGCAAUAGCAAAAACACAGUUUUGUGUUUUCAGCAAAGAAAUAGCUCGCAACUAUUCACACUCACUCCUGUGUGCCAAUGUAUAGUACAUGUAUAUAGCAUUGAGUACAUGAAUAUUUAUUGAAAGUUAAAGGGUUCUGCUUUGUUUUUGCCAGCUGAUCACUAAGCUGCAGCGGAUAAACCAUCGAAAACUGAUCACCUUUUUUUCCUCCACAUUUUCAAAUUUUAACUGGAUUUCUACUUUUUUUUUUUU